AUGGAAAAACAAAAGAAGAAAAACAGUCUUAAAGUGCAUAAAAAGGAAAAGGAAACAAAAAGGAAACAAGAAGAUAUAGAGAAAAAUGUAGAUUACGAGAAAGAGGCUGAAAUAGUGGAAUCAGCCAACAGAAAGAAGACAAAGGUUGAAAAGAAACUUAAAGAGGAUCUCUCAAAACCUGACAAGGUUAAGGAACUAAAACAGAUUUCAGAUGAUUUAUCAAAACCAGACAAGUUAAAGAAAAAGAAAAGAAAAAAGUCACUAGAACUCGCAGGAAAUGGUGAACAUGUAAGUACAAAUGUAGAUCAAGAACCUGUGAAAAAGAAAAAGAAAUCAAAAACUGAAAGUGGACAUGUGUCAGAACAGACCUCACCAAAACAGCUAUCUGUCAUUACUAGUGAUAACUCUCCUUCAGAAGACAGUGAAACAGAUAAGACAGAAAAGGACAGCUCACAACGAAAGAAAAAAAAGAAAAAGAAGCAGAAAGAGGACAUUCCUGAUCUACUGACAGAAGGCGAGCUAGACAACAGUGAACAAGAUACUGUGGUACCCAAGAAAAAAAAGAAGAAGAAAAAUAAAGAAAAAGAUGAGGAGGAUAAACCAAGUGGUUCUGAAGACACAAGCAUUUCAGCCCAAACUGCUGCUAUUAACUAUUUGAAAACUUGGUCAGAAGACAUUGCCAGCUGGAAGUUUCAAAAGGUCAGGCAGGUGUGGUUACUACAACAUCUGUAUGAUGAGUCCAAGGUUUGUACACUGUAGUCAACUCACCUUCCACAA